AUGGCGCAUAUCCUGAACCUUGCAUUUCGGAAAGCGCUAGGGGUGGAGACGGUGAAGGAGGCCCUGCAGCGCAUACGCGACAUGGCCACAUUCGUUGGCCUCUCGCCUAAGCGCAUGGCGCGAUGCAAGAAGGAGCUGAAGGAAUCGUAUCCUUCCUUGCGAGACCUUAAGCUGGUGCUAGAUUGCGAGGUCCGCUGGGGGUCCACCUAUGCCAUCGUGGCACGGGCUCUUCAUCUUCGUCGGCCAUUGAGCGCGCAUUUCGCAAACGAGCAGGGAACGAUGAAGGAAGAGAAGAAGUACGCUGCUCUUCAGAUAACUGAUGAUCAUGGGGCGGCACUGCUGGCAUUGAAGGGGUUCCUAGCGCCCUUUAACACCAUCACCAAGGCGGCUAAAGGGAGUGCGUACCCCACUGUGACAACCAUUGUGCCAUACUACAACCUACUGCUUGACUCACUGGAGAGGAUUUUGACUAAUGCUGCAAACUCCCCCUCAGCCCUCCUUCGUGAGCUCGUUCAGGCAGCCCUACCCAACGUGUAG